UGGCGUGGCUGCUGGUAGCCGAUUCGGCCGCCGGAAGAUGGUGCUGGUGGUGAAGCAGCACCGCUGCACGCACUCGGCGACCUGCUCCUGCACCAAGGGCCACCUGAGCGAGGACGCGCUCUUCCUCGUCUUCCGCCACAUGAACUGGAACCCGCGGCUGAUCGCCACCCUCUCCUGCGUCUGCAAGUGGUUCGACGAGGUGGCCAAGCAGGUGCUCUGGAAGGAGUUCUGCCACGCCAGGGCGCCCAAGAUGAUGCUCGACCUGCACUCCGACGGCAGCCACAUUGUGGACGGCAACUGGAAGGCGCUCGGGAAGCUGCUCAUCUACUGCAACGGGUGCACCAAGGGGGGCCUCUUCGGCAACGUCCACGUCCCGGGCCACUUCGUGUUCAGGACGCGCUUCUCCAGGACCGCGGGCAAGAGCUUCCUGCCCAUGCAGUGUAGGAUGGACGUCCUGUACGUGUCCGAUCCCUGCGAGCAUCUCGAUCAGGGGGAAGAGGGCGACUUGGGCUUCUUCCGUGGCAUCUUCAAGUCGUUUGCCACUUCCAGGGUCAAGAAGAUCUUGAUUGAGAAGCGGGCUAGGUUCCACCCCAAGGAGGUCUGCCCCUAUUGUAAGGCUAAGCUGUGGAACAUGCUGCACGCCGACAUGAUGCCGGCCAGUGCUUCCGCCAGGCUGGGGGCUUACGACGAUUCCGUGGAGUACUUUGUGUGCCUCAAUGGACAUGUUAUUGGAUUGGGUACCCUGCUACCGCUCUCGGAUUCUGAGGAGGCGCCCGAGGAGUAAACAUCAGCAACAUGAAUCAGGUUUGCAAGAAGGAAUCAGGGGCUUGUGCCCUUUUGUUGCUGGAUCUUGGUUGUGUCUAACAGCGCGAAGGCAUGACGUGGCAAAAUUGCAGGGCGACAAGAAUGUGCAGCUAGCUUUGCAUCUAACUGCAAUGGUGUUGCAUCAGGUUAAAACUGAUGUUUCUUCAUGGUCUCUUUAUUUUUGAUUCCCUAUCACUUGUUCUCGUCAUUGUAAUGUACACGCCGACCUGUCGCUUUGUCCUACAUGUGCAGAGCAUAUGUAUCACAGCAUGAUGAGACCGUGUUGUAAAAUUGGUGCCCAUAUUGGACCGCAUAUAUUCAUGUGAUGUUCCUGACUGCUUUUUA